CAACGUCAAUGCGUUUCAUUGUCGUUCGCCUUCAGCUGCUGCAUGCAUUUUGAUGAAGCUGGAGAGAAACUUCAAAGCACAUUCAACAAAUUAAAUUUGAUCAGGGCGGUUUGUAGCGAAACAUUCAUUCCUGAAAUCUCAUAGAAUAUACUGUAGUUUAUAAAAUUAGAAAUGUCAGCCCUUACGCAGUACAGCCGAGCCGAGGUCGCAAAGCACAACACACAACAAGAUCUAUGGUUUGUUAUCGACGAUAAAGUGUACGACGUCACCAAAUUCCAAAAUGAGCACCCCGGUGGAGAGGAAGUUCUGUUUGAGGCAGCUGGAAAAGAUUCGACCAACGAGUUCAAUGAUGUUGGGCAUAGCACAGAUGCAAAACAACAAAUGAAACAGUACCUGGUAGGUGAAAUCAUCGAGAGCGAACGUACAAAAAAGACUAAAGAAACAGACUGCCAGCGGAUGGCUAUCAUCAUCGGAUCAGCGACAGCUCUGGGAUUGGGAUUAGUUCUAAUCUACAAAGCGUUGAAAAAAUAAUUGUUGAAACUACCAGAGAUCAAGAUUCUAAUCAAGUAUUAUGGAGGUUCAAGCAUCACUUUAUUUAGCAUAUAACACCAAUACGAAAUAAAUGCAAUAGGUACUCCAGAGAGACUUCGAGGAAAAAUGGAUAUAGCGAAUAUUUUACUAAUUUUUCUCUAGUUCAAAUGUUUAUUCCACAUUGAAUUAUAAAUGAUUAACCCUCUGCAGCUUCUCUAUGAGAAACAAUUCCUAUGAUACCAGACCAGUUUAAACAAAUCAGUUCACACUCAAUUUUUGAACACGAUUUAUGUUUGGAAUUAUUGAAUCUGUCGCUUUUGUUUGGCUCAUUCGAAAACAUGCUCAUUUUGAAUUUUUUCCGAAUCAAUCUUUUCGUACGAAAGUCGGAACCAGCCGUAAACAUGAGAAGGGUGAUUAAAAGAAGAAGGCAUAGAAGCUAAUGCUUGUUCAAUUGACCCAGACAUGGAAUUAUGCUAGUAUUGAAAAAAUAUUUAAAAAUGUA